CUAGAGAGCUUGGCUUUCAAGGGUUAGAAGAGGCUCCAAGAUCCCUGUCUCUCUCUUUCUGAUCUUGGUCUUUUAAUACUUAUUUUCACAUUCAUAACUUUUCGAUAGUCCGACCAAACAAAGGGAGAAAACAGCAAGAAAUGGCUCUAACUCACAAUGUAUGGGCGUUUGUGUUCGGAAUCAUGGGUAACAUCAUAUCAUUCAUCGUGUUCUUGGCCCCAGUGCCCACUUUUAUACGGAUUGUCAAGAAGAAAUCUACCGAAGGAUUUCAGUCUCUUCCCUAUCUUUCCGCGAUUUUCAGCGCGAUGCUUUGGAUUUACUACGCUAUGCAAAAGGACGGAUCAGGUUUCCUUCUCAUCACCAUAAACGCUGUCGGAUGCGUCAUCGAAACCAUCUACAUCGUCCUCUUUGUAACCUAUGCUAACAAAAAAACCAGAGUAUGUGUUGAAACAUCUUUUUCUAUACCUUUAUAUAAGUUUUAUU